UCCCGCCUGGCCAGGCCGGGCCCCGUGCCCUGGGAGCCCCGUUGCCAGCCCAGCAGGACCUUCCUGAGCCUCACCAACAAGCGCAAGGAGUACUCGGAGCGGCGCAUCAUCGGGUACUCCAUGCAGGAGAUGUACGACGUGGUGGCCAACGUGGAGGACUACAAGAACUUCGUGCCCUGGUGCAAGAAGUCGGUGGUGGUGUCGCGGCGCUCGGGGCACAUCAAGGCCCAGCUGGAGGUGGGGUUCCCGCCCGUGCUGGAGCGGUACACGUCCAUCGUCACCCUGGUCCGGCCACACCUGGUCAAGGCCGUCUGCACCGACGGGCGCCUCUUCAACCACCUGGAGACCAACUGGCGCUUCAGCCCCGGCAUCCCCGGCUACCCCCGCACCAGCACCGUGGACUUCUCGAUCUCCUUCGAGUUCCGCUCCCUGCUGCACUCCCAGCUGGCCACCGUGUUCUUCGACGAGGUGGUCAAGCAGAUGGUGGCCGCCUUCGAGCGCCGCGCGGCCAAGAACUUCGGGCCCGAGACCCGCAUCCCCCGGGAGCUCAUGUUCCACGAGGUGCACCAGACGUGAGGGCGGCGGGGCCGGGCCCCCCCGGACUGUGCCGGGCUGGGGCUCACCUGCCCCGUGCCCGCCCCCAAAUAUUUAUUCGAGUGCGUCUCCGCUGCCGUUGCCUCAACGUCCCCCCGGCCCCGGGGAGCUGCGUCCUGGCGCUGGACUCUCC